AUGACCAUUAUUUCAAUUUUCCGACUUCCAAUGGCUUACCGCCGCUCAAAAAACGACGAUUUUGCCGCUGUGCCGCUCCUGGAGCUUCGCUGCCAAACACCUCCCACAGGCACGACGAUUUUGUUCUACCGCCAAAAUCGGGCGGUGGGCUUUCUGAAGAGCUGGGUCAUAGAGCUAGAGAAAAAGAGGCAGAAAAGGUUCGAAUUCUACUUGAGCCUGCUCAGCUCUGCGUCUACGAAACGAGAAGCGAAAGCUUACCUUUCACGGUUCAAAGCUGAAAAAGCUGCCCCUGAUCAAUCUCACCAACCCAAUAAACGGCAAACUGGGCCUCUAUCGGACCUGGAGCCGGGGAAGAACAAACCCGGGGUAAAUUUGGGGAACAUAUUUGGAAACCCAAGGGCUGUUGGGCAUGAACCGCGCUUCAGGCAGGGGUCAGCACCCGCUCAAACAGCGGAUACCGUGGCUGGAAAGCUUCACGUUGCUUUAGUCAAGGUUCGGGAGCCUCAAUUCCUGGAUGAUCAAACUGUACACGGCGUUGCCCAGACGCUUUCGCAGCUGAGUAGACUUGGUAUGAAUUGCUGCGUUGUUGUGGACGCUGGCCAGGGCCAGGAUGAAAUCACAGCGCGCAAAACUGCCACAGAACAGGCAGAUCGGUUGUCUGCCGCCAUCGAUGCUAACCAUGGCCCGGAUUCGCGCCGGCUAGAUUCACUCAUUGCAGUAUCGUCAACUGGAGAUUCAAAACCCUCAGUUUUCUCCCGCAAUUCAUUACUGUCUCCGCUUCGACAGGGCCACAUCGUCGUUCUUACACCUAUUGGGUAUACUAAAGAUACCCAACGAGCGGUGUUAGUUCCAGCGAAUGAAGUGGUCCUAGCAUUGACUAAAGAAUUAGCAGGUUUGGAAUUACGGCCUGACCCUGAUGAGGAUGCUACGAUUACCGCCAACAAAGUUCAUGACAUGCAAAAGCAGGUGUCGCUGGAUAGGCUUAUUAUCUUAGAUGCUGCUGGUGGUAUCCCUUCAUUCCAGGCGCGCCCACACGUUUUUGUGAAUUUAGAACAAGAGUUUGACGAUAUCGUCAAGGAGUUAAGCCAAGGGACUGAUACUCCAUCUCUUGAGAAAAGGGAUACUAACACUGCUAAUCGCAAAAUGCCUGUCUCGUCCGCUGGGAGGAGCAAUCCCAUUUCAAAAUUCGUCGAAGAAGAACUUGUAUCACUUCCUGAAGAAUUGACGCAGACUCAGCGGCCGCCUGCUAAAAGCCGCGGAUUUGAGGAGCAGCUCAAUAAUCUGAAACUCCUGCAAAUUACACUCUCACAUCUACCUCCGUCUUCGUCCGGCAUCAUCGUCACGCCGAAUGAAGUAGCAAUGUCUGCCAAAGACUCUCGAAACCCUUCCACGAUGUCCGCAGUCGGCACACGGCGACAGCAAAACCCACUCAUUCAUAACCUAUUAACGGAUAAGCCGGUUCGAUCCGCGUCUCUGCCCCUCGGCAGAUUGGGCGUCAAAAAUGCUUCUCCAUCAAGUAGCGAGAGUCUAGCGGCGUCGUCUACUUUUCUAAAACGAGGAAUGCCUCUGACUAUGCUACCGGACCCUCGAGUUGAAGUAUGGACAGUGAAGAAACCUGGGGAGGCCAUGUUAACUUUGGAUGACCCCCGAAUUGACCUUCCACGGUUGGUUCAUUUGAUUGAGGAUUCCUUUGAUAGAAAACUAGAUGUUUGCCGCUACAUUGACCGUGUCAACUCCCGUCUUGCUGGGUUGAUCAUUGCUGGCGAAUAUGAGGGCGGCGCGAUUUUGACCUGGGAAACGCCUCCAGGGGGAGUGGCAGAUAUUGUAUUCAAUGCGAUGGUUCGAACUUGCUUCCCCAAAGGCGUUUGCUGGCGGAGUCGUGCAAACAACCCCGUUAACAAGUGGUAUUUUGAGCGGUCAAGGGGAACGUGGAAGCUCCCUGGGACGAAUUGGACCAUGUUCUGGACGACUGAAGGUGUCCCAGAGGAUCAACAGCGGUUUUGGGAUUACGAGGGUGUUUGUCGGUCCAUUGAACCGAACUGGGCUGACAAUAAGCAGCAGGUUGAUUGA